UGGAGUUACACUGGAAAAAUGUACCUGUUUCUAUUUACAAACAAAUUCAACUUGAGAACAUACCUACAGACUUGGGGAUUGCCAGUAUAUAUCUAGGUGCGGAUAGGGCUUUAAUGAUGGAUAUGGUUUUUAAUCUAUCAAUCUGGCUAUUAAUCUUGCUUUUAGUUGCUGAUGUGAAUUGUGUUUUAUUGAUUUUUAUUAUGUUUCGUUAUGAUAAAUUGUUUAUAUUCAUUAUUUGUAUUUUUAAUUUAUUAUAUAUUUGUAUUUUUAUUAUGUAUUUGUGUGGCAUCGAAUGGUUGCCAUCUAUGUUGUAAACCGCCCAAGUCCCCAAGGGGAGAUGGGAUGGAAUACAAAUGAAGUUUGAUUGAUUGACAAGUAUUCCACAUUUCAGAACCUUUCUGAUACUAAGCAUUUCAGAUUGGGGAUUUUCAACCCUUUAGUUUUUGCAAGUUGCCUUUAUGUCAAUUCAGUAAUUGUGUAAGAGCUCCAGGUUCACAUUACUUCAAUAAAAGUAAUUUAAACUGAUCAAUUCUGAAGAAAAAAAUGUAAUUAAAUCAAGAAUAAAUAGAUUUAGCAAUAAACAAGAAUAGUUUAAUUUCAUUUAAUCCCAUAUCUGAGACCACUGUGAAUUUGUGAUUUCUAAUCUAGGGGUUCCUUUGUUAGUCAUUUUGAAGAAACAACUGAUUAUGUGUUUGUUUAGCCUAUAUCACUUCAGUUUUUCUUUUUAAAUACAGAAGAAUAAACUAGAUGGUAUCAGAAAUAAUAAUACACUUUAUUUAUAUUCUGCUUUAUCUCCCCAUUCAGAGCGGAUUACAGUACACAUAUAAGGCAAACAUUCAAUGCCUUUUACACAAUGAACACAACGACAUACAAUACACAGAUAAAGGAAGGCUAUAGGGAAGGAAUUGAAGCUGGGAAAGAGGCGACACUGCAACAGAGUUUUAAUCAAGGAUAUAAAGAAGCCAUAAGGAUAAUGUUCUCCUGUGGUCAGUUGAAAGGAACCUUAAGUGCUCUCUCAUCUUGGUGUCAACUCAGUGAAUGUCAUUCUGCCAUGCUGAAUGAGGUGACUUAUCUGCUGAACGAAUUAGGAAAAUAUGAAGAGCACAUGCUUAACGAUCUUAACUGUAUUCAACCACAACCCCAUGUUGGAGACCUGCUAGAUACUAUUGAGGCUAUGGAUCUUGGCCAUUCAUGCAAUGGAACUACAAACGAGACUAUCUCUGAAAAUGACACUGCAAUUAAUGGACAUCAUUUGAGGCACAAUAAUGUGACCUGUUCUAUCCAGAGUGGAUGCUGUCAAAGGACAAAAGAGGGCAAAGACUCCAGGAGGCAAACUUUGACUUGGAUAAAAGAAAAAACAAUCAAUUUAGUGGAGCAGUUAGAUUUGAACUCUGACACAAUUGAGCACAUCCACCUGUUGCAAACUUAGUUCACUGCUUGAUAUAAGACAUAAAUCCUUUUUGUGUAGGAAUGCAACCACUUCAGCAACUUGUUGCCGGACAGCAAAGAUUUUGUCUUCAAUAAUUCUUAAUAAAGUGUCAUGUAGUAUUCA